UCCAUGUAAAAAUAAUGGAGUCUCCUCUCCUCCAGCUGUCCAUGGAAGAUUGAGACGGUUAGAUAUUUUUUUUUUGGCUCACCGACCUCAAAAUCUCACGUUUUUCAAAUUCUGUUGAAUUCUUCUUCCGAGAUUCGUGGACCAAUAGAAACUCAUCCAGAGGAAUGAAGAGACAUUAGAAUCAUCAUCCCCCAAAAGCUUUUUCGAAUUUUACUCAAUCUGUGUUAAAAUCAACAAUGGAGACGAAGAAACCAAACCAAAAUCCGGGUAAGAAGAAACCGCGGCCCGUGGAAGCAACAAUGGAGCACGUGCUGGUUGCAUUACGUGAGACCAACGAAGAGAGAGACAUGAGGAUUCGAAAACUGUUCGAAUUCUUCGACAAUUCCAAGGUAGGGUUCUUAGACGGUACACAGAUCGAGAAAGGUAUGUCUUCGCUUAGUAUCUCUCCGCAGUAUAGGUACGCUAGCGAUUUUCUCAAAGUCUGCGACGCGAAUCGAGAUGGGCGUGUGGAUUACCAGGAGUUUCGUCGUUACAUGGACGCUAAGGAGCUUGAGCUUUACAAGAUUUUUCAGGCUAUUGAUGUUGAACACAAUGGUGACAUUUGCCCAGAGGAGCUUUGGGAGGCUCUUGAUAAAGCUGGCAUUAAAAUUAAAGAUGAGGAAUUAGCUUCUUUUAUGGAUCAUGUUGAUAAGGACAACAACGGAAUUAUAACAUUCGAAGAAUGGAGGGAUUUUCUUUUGCUAAACCCUCAUGAAGCUACGAUUGAGAACAUUUAUCACCACUGGGAAAGAGUAUGCUUGAUAGACAUUGGGGAGCAAGCUGUUAUACCAGACGGUAUAAGUACACAUGCGCAAAGAAGCAAGUUACUGCUUGCGGGAGGAAUAGCUGGAGCUGUUUCUAGAACCGCAACCGCGCCUCUGGACCGUCUAAAAGUUGCUUUGCAAGUUCAACGAACAAAUUUGGGAGUUGUCCCGACCAUUAAGAAAAUAUGGAGAGAAGACAAGUUGUUGGGUUUCUUCAGAGGUAAUGGGUUAAAUGUAACUAAAGUUGCUCCUGAAAGCGCCAUAAAGUUUGCUGCUUAUGAAAUGCUGAAACCCAUAAUCGGGGGAGCGGAUGGUGAUAUUGGUACAAGCGGGAGGCUUUUGGCAGGUGGAUUGGCUGGUGCAGUAGCUCAAACGGCUAUAUAUCCUAUGGAUCUUGUGAAGACUCGGUUACAGACUUUUGUGAGUGAGAUUGGGACACCUAAGUUGUGGAAACUCACAAAGGAUAUUUGGAUUCAAGAAGGACCCCGAGCUUUCUACAAGGGUCUUUGUCCCUCUCUUAUUGGGAUUAUCCCUUACGCAGGAAUUGACCUUGCUGCUUACGAAACUUUUAAAGACUUAUCGAGGAAACAUUUUCUUCAUGACACUGCCGAGCCGGGUCCUCUCAUACAACUGGGAUGUGGGAUGACGUCUGGAGCUCUUGGAGCAUCGUGUGUUUACCCGUUACAGGUCAUAAGAACAAGAAUGCAAGCUGAUAGCUCAAAGACUAGCAUGAGCCAAGAGUUCCUCAAAACGCUAAGAGGCGAAGGUCUAAAAGGUUUCUACAGAGGAAUCUUUCCCAACUUUUUCAAAGUCAUUCCUUCCGCAAGCAUUUCUUACCUUGUUUACGAAGCUAUGAAGAAAAAUCUUGCCCUUGAUUAAAAGUAACACGAAACCUCUAGUGUUGUUGUUCCGUUUACAGAGUCUGCUGAUAACACUGAAAACUUCUUGAUGAUGGCGAAAAAAACACUUUGAGCUUUACAAAGGUCAUUCGAGUGUAGCAAAUGUAACUUGAUUUGAUUCUUCUUCAGUAGUUUGGUGGUGAGAGAGUCUAUAAAGAGUCAUUUCUUUAGCAAAAAUAAAAAAGUUCUGAUUUUUCUCC